GAAUUGUACGCCCCUUUCAUAGUUGGUGAGAUUCAAUUAAAACAAAAAUUGCUAAUGAAUUUGUUAUUUAUUUAAUUUACUGCUACUUAAUUACACUAUUAAUUUCAGUUGUAGUUAUAUUGUACCCUAGGGUGAUAAAUAUCUACUUAAUAAAACUUUAAAAACAAGAGUUUAACAAAAUGACUGAUUCAAAGUACUUUACGACGACAAAAAAGGGAGAAAUAUUUGAAUUGAAGUCAGAACUAAACAGUGACAAAAAAGAAAAGAAGAAGGAGGCUGUUAAAAAGGUGAUAGCAUCCAUGACAGUUGGAAAGGAUGUCUCUGCUCUAUUCCCAGACGUUGUCAACUGCAUGCAGACCGACAACCUUGAACUCAAGAAGUUGGUCUACUUGUACCUUAUGAAUUACGCCAAGUCACAACCUGAUAUGGCCAUUAUGGCUGUUAAUACAUUUGUUAAGGAUCUACCAACAUACCAGCUUGUUAAGGAUUGCGAAGACUCGAACCCACUGAUACGAGCGCUCGCGGUGCGCACAAUGGGUUGCAUUCGCGUGGACAAGAUCACGGAGUACCUCUGUGAGCCUCUGCGCAAAUGUCUCAAGGACGAAGACCCGUAUGUGAGGAAAACGGCCGCUGUGUGCGUCGCUAAGUUGUAUGAUAUCUCACCCAGCAUGGUUGAAGAUCAGGGCUUCUUAGACCAAUUAAAAGAUCUGUUGAGCGAUUCAAACCCAAUGGUAGUUGCUAAUGCAGUGGCAGCACUUUCAGAAAUUAAUGAAGCUAGCGUUUCUGGACAUCCAUUAGUUGAAAUGAAUGCACCAACCAUAAAUAAGUUGCUAACCGCUCUAAACGAGUGCACAGAGUGGGGGCAGGUGUUCAUUUUGGAUGCGUUGUCCAACUACUGCCCGAGGGACUCGCGGGAAGCGCACUCUAUAUGCGAGAGAAUCACGCCGAGAUUAGCGCACGCUAACGCGGCUGUUGUUUUGUCUGCAGUUAAGGUGCUCAUGAAGCUAAUGGAGAUGCUAGCGGAAGAAGCAGAAGCAGUAAGCACGUUAUCGCGCAAGCUCGCCCCUCCACUCGUGACGUUGCUGAGCGCGGAGCCCGAGGUGCAGUACGUGGCGCUGAGGAACAUCAACCUCGUGGUGCAGAAGCGACCAGAUAUAUUGAAACAUGAGAUGAAGGUGUUCUUCGUAAAGUACAACGAUCCCAUUUACGUGAAACUUGAGAAGUUAGAUAUUAUGAUUCGUCUAGCGUCUCAAGCGAACAUUGCGCAAGUACUCGGCGAGCUCAAGGAGUACGCGACAGAGGUGGAUGUGGACUUUGUGAGGAAAGCCGUGAGGGCGAUUGGCAGAUGUGCUAUUAAGGUGGAACCAUCAGCCGAGCGUUGUGUUUCAACCCUGCUCGAGCUGAUCCAAACAAAAGUGAACUAUGUGGUGCAAGAGGCCAUAGUUGUGAUCAAGGACAUCUUCCGCAAGUAUCCCAACAAGUACGAGAGCAUCAUCAGCACGCUCUGCGAGAAUCUGGAUACACUGGACGAGCCAGAAGCAAGGGCUUCUAUGGUAUGGAUUGUGGGCGAGUACGCUGAGCGUAUCGACAACGCGGACGAGUUGCUUGAUUCGUUCCUCGAAGGAUUCCAUGAUGAAAAUGCUCAGGUGCAACUGCAACUGCUCACAGCGGUGGUGAAGCUGUUCCUCAAGCGACCAGCUGAUACGCAAGAGUUAGUACAGCACGUACUUAGCUUGGCUACACAGGACUCGGAUAAUCCUGAUCUUAGGGACCGCGGUUUCAUCUACUGGCGCCUUCUAUCCACGGACCCGGCCGCCGCUAAGGAAGUGGUACUAGCUGAUAAGCCUCUGAUCUCCGAAGAGACAGAUCUGUUAGAGCCCACGCUGCUGGAUGAGCUCAUCUGCCACAUCAGUUCCUUGGCUUCGGUUUAUCAUAAACCCCCCACGGCGUUUGUUGAAGGUCGUGGUGCUGGAGUACGCAAGUCGUUGCCGGCUCGCGGAGUUGGCUCUGAAGAUUCACAACCACAACCCACCGUUAUUCCUAACCAGGCGCUUGUACAUACGCAGGAGUCGUUGAUUGGAGACCUGCUGUCUAUGGACAUUGGAGGAGGAUCUGGUGCGAGUGGAAGUUCAGCUGCUGCUGCAGCGCCUGCUGCUCCUGCGUCUAACCUGGACCUGCUGGCUGGUGGUUUGGAUGUGCUGCUAGGUGGCGGUUCACCAGCGACAACAGGGGGCAGUGCGACCGGCUUGCUGGGCGAUAUCUUCGGUGUGACCGCGCCCGCCAGCUUCGUGCCGCCCAAGCAGUGCUGGCUGCCCGCUGAUAAGGGGAAAGGCCUCGAGAUCUGGGGUACAUUCAGCCGACAAAACGGUCAGCCCAGAAUGGAGAUGACGUUCACUAACAAGGCUAUGCAACCCAUGACCGGGUUCGCGAUACAACUCAACAAAAACAGUUUCGGCGUGUACCCGGCGGGCGCGCUGUCGGUGGGCGCGGUGGGCGCGGGCGCGCGGGCCGACGCGCCGCUGCCGCUCGCCACCGCCGGGCCCGUGCAGCGCAUGGAGCCGCUCAACAACCUGCAGGUAGCGGUGAAGAACAACAUAGACGUGUUCUACUUCGCGUGCCUGAUCCCCGCACACAUCCUGUUCACGGAGGACGGUCAGCUCGACAAGCGCGUGUUCCUCACCACGUGGAAGGAGAUCCCCGCGGCCAACGAGGUGCAGCACACCAUCGCCAACGUCAUGGGCACCGCAGACACCAUCGCGCAGAAGAUGAGCCUCAACAACGUCUUCACCAUCGCGAAACGCAACGUCGAGGGCCAAGACAUGCUCUACCAGUCGCUCAAACUGACAAACAACAUCUGGGUCCUGUUGGAACUGAAACUGCAACCGGGAAACCCCGAAGCGACCCUCAGCCUCAAAUCUCGUACGGUCGAAGUGGCCACUUGCAUAUUCCAGGCCUACGAAGCCAUCCUCAAGUCGUAAUCUCGCCGGGCGCCACGUGAUCUUGUUAUGAAAGUAUUGUUUAAUAUAAGUUAUCUAAAAGACUAAUGUGACUGUAAAUUCCACUAGUUGUAUGGAUGUUUGAGUUAUAGAAAAUGUAUUUAAGCUCUAUAAUAUGUUGCUAUCAUGGCAUUGUAAUAAUAAAUAAUUAUAUGUUACGUG